AAAACUUCAAGCACUAUCAGUGACAUCACUUGAGUGGAUAUUUUUAACAGGAAAUCCAGGGAUUUGAAGCUGUCUCGUGUAGCAAGAAAUCGAAGUGCCGGUGUCAAACGAACUUUAGUAGGUAUAGCUUCCCUGCAAAACGUAACUUUUUUGAUUUUGGGUUCGAUCAUUUGAAGACGUAGUUCGAAAUCUGUCGUUGACAUACGACUGAAGUUACCAAAUUGCCCUGAGGGUUCAUGCAUGAAAUGGCCUAAUAAUUGACAUCUGUCAUGCCUGCAACAAUAAUUAUAAAUAAAAUUAAGCUUGUAGAAUUUUUACUAUGGUAACUGACAACUUAUGCCUCACUUCACACUUACUGAUUUCAUUAUGACAGGUAUGUGUGAAGUGAUAUAGCCCACCAUCUUCUUUCACGUGGUUUCCUUCUUUUUUUAUAUUGACGAAAUGUACUCUCAAAACCGCAAAUGCUCCGGCCGCGAUCUGUGUGUCAGACAUUUUGACGUUGCCCCUGUACUUAUUGAACUGAAUGUUGGCUCCAAUGUGUAGGCCCUAUCCUAUAAAUAUUCGCCACUGCUGGCUGAGAUGUGUGAACGAAGAGCUACACAUACGCCGAGCGGCCAAGGAGGCUGUAACGGAGCGAACAAAUACGUUCCAUGUAAAGGAAACGGCGCUUGAUUGAACACCAAGUUCUAACCUUGAUUCUAAACUCUUUGAAUAAAUAUGCCGAUACGAGUAGUGAGUGCAUCUUUGAGUUAUAAAGUAUAAACAAACAAAUAGGUAAACACGAGUUACAGGACGUGUGUGUUGUUAGCAAAAAUGAGGAGGAACAGUGUUUGUUGUUUUGUGAUUAUGCUGAUUUGUGUAAAUGAAUCAUUAUUGACAGAUAUUUUGUCGCAUCAUUCUUAAGUCGAUGACAGUGUAAAAUACAUUCGUUUGGGCGACAACCAUCGUGAAGUUUCAACUAAAUAUUACUUAUAUCAGUGGAAGGUAAAUAGGAGUGUAGGUAUUUACUUCUAACUAACUUUACGCGUUAGAGCCUUUGUCCGUCUUGUGUAUGUUGACACGUAGGGAUUUGAGAAGAUAGUGCGUGUCCCUACAGUUACUUUCCACCUGAUGCUCAUCGUUAAUUUGCAAGUAAAUGACGACUUUAUGUCCAGUAUUGCUGUCAUCUCUCACCAUAAGUAAAUGAUAUUUAAGUGUUCAAGAGGACUCCAUAGACAAGCAGUGUGGUAGUUUGCAAUACACCACUUUGACCGUCGCACUGUGUGUAGAAUUAACUACAAUCAACAUGGAUGGCACAGCUAAGAAAAUAUCUUUCGGAUUUUCAAAAUUUCAAAAACCGUCAGCGCUGAGCAAACCGAAGUUUCAGAAAUCCGAAGACAAAGUAGAGUAUAUUGAUUGUUUAGAAAGUAAAACGAUCAAAGUGAAAAGUGGUACAGGGCAGUCAAGUGACGUCGAUGAUGUAGAAAACGAUAAAAAUGAAGUGAAAGUCAUUCCACUUCGAAAAAACACCAUCCGGUUAUUCCCAAAACAAGAAGGAGGUGAGAAGGUGCCCAUUGAUGACUCAUUGGAAAGUAUAGCGGCAAGGGAGAUUUUAGAAGAGUCAAAGGGAAAGCAGAAGGAAGCAGCUCCUUCUACUCUUGUAAUCGAUCAAAAGGAGCAAGAGACUGCUGACCUCCAGAAAGAGCCUACUUUGGAAGAUUAUGAAUCUGUACCUGUUUCCAGUUUCGGCAUGGCAAUGUUAAGAGGAAUGGGUUGGGAUCCUAAUAAAGGUGUUGGAAAGAAUGAAAAGCAGGUUAAAUUAUUUGAACCAACUCUUAGACCAAAAGGACUUGGACUUGGAGCAGGGAAACAGACUGGAAGCAAUGGUGAUGGUGAAGAUAAUAAGGUGGAGUUAGGUUGCCAUGUUAAAAUUUUGAGUAAAACAAAUGCUGAUGUCACUGGAGAGGUUGUGUCAUUUGAUGAAGAUUCUGGAAGAUUAGUAGUAAAAACAUCUGAUGGAGCAUUUGUAUCUGUCCAUGAGAUGAUGGUGAAGGUUAUAAAGAAGAAAAGCAGCAAUGAUGCCAGUUCCGGUAAGAGGUCUUACGAGAAUAAUUCAGCAACCACAAAGAAGCACAAAUAUAGGUAGCAACACCUGUCGUGAAGUGAAGAAAAUACAGUGACUACUUGUGUCCAUUAAACAAAUGACUUCAGAAAUUGGAAGAACUAAAUUUAUUCAAGUUUCCCCAGGGUUUUAUUGACAAAGACUUAAGUAAUUGUAAUAUAGGUUUUACUGUAAUUUUACACAAAUUUUUGUCUUAUUUCAGAAUAAAAAUGGAACUACUUUUAUACAUGAAA